GUUUUGAAGACCGCUCUUGAAUUAUGGACCGGAAAACAGUAUUUUUUAAACAGAGGGACGGGAUGUUGACAUUGCUGUUGAUUUAUAACAAGUUGAGCUGCUAACACUGAACUACAAUGUUGGAUGAUAAUUUGUCAGAGAAUUCUUUGAAUCUUCCUGAAGGAUGGAUUGUUUGUAAAUCUGUUAAAAAAAAUCCUGAUCGUGUAUACUACUUUAAUAUAAUUAAUGGUGAAAAAAGUUGGGAGCCCCCAAACCAGGAUGGAACUAAGCGCAAAAAGAAGAAGAAAAAAAGCCACUCAGACACAUCAUCUGAGUUGAAAAAAUCAUCACAGUUUGACAAGUCUCCUGGAUUUGAAGAUAAAUCAUGGGAAUCAACAAGUUCCACAACUGUUGGAGAACUUCUUUUCAGUAGAACCCCGCCUGUGAGGAAUAAAGCGAGUCAAAUAACAGAAUGGUUGAGUGGUCUAGGCUCUCCUGAGUUCAAGAAAAAGUCUGACUCCCAAGAUUUUAAAAUUAAUUCUUUGAGUGGUCUAGAAUCUGCCAAGUUCAAGGACAAAUUUAAAGUGAAUAAACAACAAUAUGAUGCAACCAACGCAAAGCGCAAAAGAAAGUCAUGUGACAAUUCUCAGUUAACUUAUGAUUUACCUCAGGCAACUUCUCAGGGCUAUGUAAGUAACAACCCUCGUAGUUCACAAUUUGUCCAUCCAGUCAGUCCACCUGUUAAAAGUAAGAAGCUAAGAACUGCCGAGGCUGAAUUACAGAAAGAUACAAUUUCAGUCAAACCUGUUUCAAACGAUUCUUACAAAAUAAAACGCCUUUCACAAGAAACUGCAGUAAUACCUGUCAAACAUUAUUCGUCUCAUUCCACGGUGAGAAAUAAUGAAGCAGUAAGUAGUCUAGAUCCCAGGAGACGUCAGAACAAGCCUGAUUCUUCAAUCUGCCAUAGAGACAACUCAACAGCCAGCCGAAGUAAGCAUGAAAUAAAUCCUACUUUCAGCACCAGUGAAUUUUAUCCCUCAAUUUGCCAAUCUCCUCCAGAUGCUUGUGCGACCAACAUAACUGCAGAAAAUAGUCCAAAAAAGAAAAAGAAGCGUGCAUGGAAAAGAAAAAAGAAACGAUCAGAUUCAGCGGACUUCCAGAAGAAAGUGACAUUAAGUAGAAACACAAGUAUACCGGUAUAUCGCGCUACAAGUACUGACAAGUGUAUGAAAGACAGUCACACAAAACCAGAUGCAAAAACUCAGGAAAUUAUACAAAGCAAAAAACUAAAACAUUGUAGCAUGAAUGAAACCAUUGUACAGUUACAUACUUCAGAAAGAUUUGCAAGUCAGGAUAAAAGAAAUAAACUGAUUACAUCCAAAAAUUUGAAACCUUCAAGAAGAUCAAACACUACAAGUGUAGAUAGUUCAAUUACUCGUUCAGAUCAGAUAAAUAACAAUAAAAGCAGCGAUGCUGUAAAGAGUCCAAAGAAGGCUCAAAUGCCUAAUAUAGAGAAACAUAGUCAUGCAUUUGAAAAGAGUGCUAUUAAAAAACGUGUGGUUUGUGAUGUGAAACCAAUCAUGAUUUCUGAAUGCAAAACCCCAAAGUCCAGGGAAAGAAGUAGAACAUGUGUAUCUCCAGACUCAACAUUUCAAGAAAAGAAGCCAAGCAGUGUUGUGGAAAAAAGUGAGUCUACGCCUGUUGUCGUAUCAUCUACAUGUAUAAGAAAGGAAUCCAAUGAAGUGAAUAAAAACGAUAAAAGAGAUUCCGAGUCCGAUAGCCAGAUGGAUGUUUCUACAGAAAGUGCUCCACUUAGUUAUUUUGCUGGUCCCAAUUUGAAUGAUUUUAGUGAAGUUGUUGAUAUGGAUGUUGAUAAUGAAGAUCAUCUUAUGAGUCAGCUUCAAGAAAUGAGAGAAAUUAUAAAAAUUGAUGUGAAUAAGCUAACUGCAGAUUACUUUUUAUGA